AUGGCGUCCGAAUCUGACGACUCGACAUCCUGCGUCAGCUUCAGCCUGCGCUUCAGCUACACCUCUGCUCCAGAGUCCAAACUGGCAAAGAACCAUCGCAUGCGCCGUCCAACUUCCUCCACAACAGAAAAAGUAAUAACCAUAGCGCCAGUCGUUGACGAUGACCACCUCGCAUCGGAUAGCUCAGAAGGCUCGCUCUCGCCCGACACCCGCGCGCUACAACGUCGAGUCCGCGCACAAUUCUAUCGGCGCCUUGAGCGUGACACAGACAGGCAGAGUCUUCGAUGCCUCCAACUCAGCACGAAGAAGAACACUCCCCGCACCGACGACGACCGAAAAGAAGAAGCCGCUCGAAGGAUGAACGACCGCCGAAGUCUAGAGGUCCUCGAGGCCGCGGCGACCACACCCAUCGUUCAGAAGAUGACGGAGCAGAAGAAAGCAGCGCCGUCAACCCCGUGCCACCUACUACAACCGCUUCCGCAGCCAGCACGACUCCCGCGACCACCUGCUCCGGAAACUCAGCUUCUCGCAGGGAGGGUUUACUCCGGAACCUCCCCCUUCAACACUCCCACGGCAGCAGAAGAGACCACGACGAACUUUGCCUUGCACGCUCCCGCUCCGACGGAACCCGAUUCUGAUUGUGAUUCUGAUAUCUUUCGAUCCGAUCACCGGGGAAUGUUCUUGUCGAGGAACACGAACAAACUCGAGGAGAAGGACCGCGCUGCUCUCGUGUACCAUUGGAUGAUGGUGGACACCAUUGACACAUUGGAAGACGAGGGCGAUGACGUUGUGACAUCACCUGAAGGUUCUGAUGACAUCCAUCAAGCGUUAUUCGAGGAGGUGAUGGACCUUGCGGCAGUAGCAGCAGCAGCCGACGGAUCGAAAGCGGCCGCGGCGAUGGAGGUGUUGGUGGGAUCACAUCACAAGGCUGUUGAUGAGGAGCAGAAGAAGGUGGAGGUUGUUUGCGGAGGUGCAGCAGCAGAAAAGACAGAAGGUGCAGGUCAUAGCGAGGACUCGUGGAGUCCAAGAUCGGUUCCAUCGCAGGCGCUGCAAGGGGGAGACGAGGCCGCGAACGAGGCUUUCUCGGAUGAUGAACGCGAGUGGUUAGAUCUUGGCUUGAUGACAAGUCAGCUUUGA